UCGGUGACACCGCGGCCGCUCCUCUCCAUCGCGCCGAUGUGACGCGGAGGUGCCGAGCGGUGGCUGCGCGCUGCUCCUCGAGAUUUUGGAGCCGUUUCCCGGUUCCUCCCUGCCCGGGUGUCACCAUGCUUCCUCGCUGGGCGAAGCUUCCCUCGGGCGCUUCCCCUCGGCUGCGGGAGCAGGACAGAGCCUCGGAGCCCGGGGACCGCAGGCUGCCAUCGCUGCUCGUGGAUCCCGACAGGACCAGCGCCCACAUGAUCUCGGCCGACGAUGCCGAGUACCCGCGGGAGUACCGCACUUUGGGCAACGGCACGCGGCGCUUCUCCAACGUAGGUUUGGUGCACACCUCGGAGCGCCGGCACACCGUCAUCGCCGCCCAGAGCCUCGAGGCCCUCACAGGCCUCCAGAAGUCGGAGAUGGAACGCAAACGGGACGCCUUCAUGGACCACCUGAAGAAUAAAUACCCGCAGCACGCGCUGGCGCUGCGCGGGCAGCAGGAGCGCAUGCGGGAUCAG